AUGUCUGGUCGUGGAAAGGGGGGCAAGGGUUUGGGGUUGGGCGGCGCCGCCAAGCGUCACCGAAAGAUGCUUUGGGACAACAUUCAGGGCAUCACCAAGUCGGCGAUUCUAAGGCUGGCGAGAAGAGGCGACGUGAGGAGGAUUAGCGGCCUCAUCUACGAGGAAACCCGUGGAGUGUUCAAGAUAUUCUUGGAAUAUGUGAUUCGUGAUGCCGUGACUUACACAGAGCAUGCACGGAGGAAGACGAUUACCACCAUAGAUGUGGUUUAUGCUCUGAAGAGGCAAGAAGGUAGGACUCUCUACCAUUUUGGUGGUUGA